CUUCUAAGUAAUAUUUUUGGAUUUCUAUAAUUAAAUUUUAAAAAUCGGCUUAUUAUGAUGAAAGUGAUUACAUAGAAUCUGAAUUUUACAGAGAGGAAAAUAUUGAAAAUGCUGUUGUAAAUAAUUUUAAAUCAUCAGGACAGGCAACUGAAUGUCUUACUAGAAACAAUGAGGAUAUGUGUAAUAAAAAUAUGCCGAUGGCUAUAUUGAUGAUGGCUAUGCUGAAAACGGUGAUGCAGUUCCGACUAGAGAUGACGCACCUCUGCAGGUCACAGAAAACAAUUUUCAUCGGAAAAAUGGUAAUAUAUUAUUUGCGUGUGAGUCUUAGUUACUAAAUAAUUUAAAACAUUUUGUUUAUUUGUUUUAGAUAUGGACGUACAGGCUCCAGGAACCACCAAUUGUAAUGUGGAUGCUGCAGCCGCUCAAAAACUUGAUGAGAUGGACGUUGAAUCCGAAGCAAGCACCAGCAGCAGCGACACUGGAAAUGUAGAAAGUACAUGUGAGGAAAGUGAUGAGGACAGUGACACUAGUAACGACGUCUCUCUGGGCCUACAUGCUCCAGCAACCACCAGUAGUAAAGGUGACUAUAUUGAUGGUGGCCAUGCUAAAAAAUGUGACACACCACUUCUGGUCACAGAAAACAAUUGUCAACGGGCAAAUGAACUGGGCGUACAGGCUCCAGCAACCACCAGUAGUAAAGGUGUCAAUAUCGACGAGGACGUUGAAUCUUCAGUAAGCACCUGUAGUGAUGAAAGUGUGACUGACAAGUGACAAGAGUUAUGGUGAACUGAUUUUGAUAGUAAUGAAAACAAUGAAAAUGACGAAAAUUAUGUUACACGUAUGACGUAUACAUAAAGAACUUAUGAAAAGUAAUUUUUAUUUAUAUUAUUCCCAAAGUACAAACAAAUCGAUACGUAAUUUCCUCUUCAUUUUAACUAACUGUUAUUAAAUAAUUAUUUUUUGUUUAUUAUUUAUUUUUUUUAGAAAUGCCUGGGUACAAUCCAAACGCUGCAGCGCCCAAAUUAUGUUUGAGUAAAAAUGCGGAUGGGAUAAUACCGUGUAUAUGGUCCGACUGUGGCAGGGCGUUUAAAUUUAAGUCUCAUACAAUUAGGCAUAUGAUUUUGCACGCUGCAAUUGGAUUCCAUGAAUGUCCCACAUGUAAAGGCCGGUUCAGACGUAAAGAUGGCCUGACGCGUCACAUGAGAGAGAAACAUGCAAAUAAUGUUCAAUCAUUUAAAUGUAAGUUGUGCUUAAAAGCAUACAGACAUAAAAACACUUUGACAGCACAUAUUAAUCAGAAACAUUCAGACACAAAUGUGUUAUAUGAAUGCACACUGUGUCAAAAGAAAUUUCAAGCCAAAAAAAAUUUUAAUUAUCAUAUGUCAUCGCAUUCAAAUACACCACUCGUGGAGUGUGAUGAGUGUGGUGCAACACGUGGAGAAAGACCAGGCACAAACCAAAAAAGGUGUAAUAUUAAAACUUAAAUAAUUUGAACGCUUAUAAAUAUUAUAAUUUCUAUUUUUAUUUUACAGCACACAAAGCAAUGAACUGUGCAAUGGUAGGUACGGUGGAUUAUGGCUCUAGGCGAUACCACCUUUAUAAAAAAAACGCGCUUAUGUGUAAGACCCAUUGGGUAAUGUGGAACAUUACACUUAUUUGGUGUACUCAAUAUCUGAAUACUCAAUAAUUUCCAUCUGCAACAAUGAUUCACUCGUGUGCGGAGGCGGUGACUGCUGUUUCAUUUGAAUUAUUAUGAUUUAUGAAUGGUUGCCAGUUCAGAGGUUGUGGAUUAUGCUUCAAUGGUUCUGGAAAAAUAGAGAAUGGAAUUUUUGUGUGACCAAAGACAAAAAAUAUGUGAUGAAAGGUGAUGAAGAUUAAUAAUUGUUAUAAUGUGUA